GCACAGGCGCCUCCUGCUCCAAGCUGUUGUUACCUGGCGGGGAGCUGGCAGGGACCAGGCUUUCUCUUCACUGUGGCCGUUGUUAGGGGAAACAGACCAACCAUCAGCAGCUAGACUGGCUUCUCUGUCUCUGUCCUUUGAAAGGAGGGCUUCCUGCCUGGAAUCUGUGACCCAUAUGUGAAACUUUCAUUGUAUGUAGCGGAUGAGAAUAGAGAACUUGCUUUGGUACAGACAAAAACAAUUAAAAAGGUAAACCCAUCUAAUCACAGACUCCUGUUUGAAGUAUUUGACGAAAACAGAUUGACACGCGACGACUUCCUGGGCCAGGUGGACGUGCCCCUCAGCCAUCUUCCGACUGAAGACCCAACCAUGGAGCGACCCUAUACGUUUAAGGACUUUCUCCUCAGACCACGAAGUCACAAAUCUCGAGUGAAGGGAUUUUUGCGGUUGAAAAUGGCCUAUAUGCCGAAAAACGGAGGGCCAGAUGAAGAGAACAGCGAGCAGAGAGAGGAUGUGGAGCACGGGUGGGAAGUCGUUGACUCGAGUGACUCGGCUUCUCAGCACCAGGAGGAGCUUCCUCCUCCUCCUCUGCCCCCUGGGUGGGAAGAAAAAGUGGACAACUUAGGCCGUACCUACUAUGUCAACCACAACAACCGGACCACUCAGUGGCAUCGACCGAGCUUAAUGGACGUGUCCUCCGAGUCAGACAACAACAUCAGGCAGAUCAACCAGGAGGCAGCACACCGGCGCUUCCGCUCACGCAGGCACAUCAGCGAGGACUUGGAGCCUGAGCCCUCAGAAGGCGGAGAAGUCCCUGAGCCUUGGGAGACCAUUUCAGAAGAAGCGAAUCUCACUGGAGACUCUCUCAGUCUGGCUCUGCCUCCACCACCAGCCUCCCCCGUGUCUCGGACCAGCCCUCAGGAGCUGUCAGAGGAACUGAACAGAAGGCUUCAGAUUACUCCGGACUCCAACGGGGAACAGUUCAGUUCUUUGAUUCAGAGAGAACCCUCCUCGCGGUUGAGAUCGUGCAGUGUCACCGACACGGUUGCGGAGCAGGCCCAUCUACCACCGCCAUCAGUGGCCUAUGUACAUACCACGCCGGGCCUACCUUCAGGCUGGGAAGAAAGGAAAGAUGCUAAGGGACGCACAUACUAUGUCAAUCAUAACAAUCGAACCACCACUUGGACUCGACCUAUCAUGCAGCUUGCAGAAGAUGGUGCGUCCGGAUCAGCCACCAACAGUAACAACCAUCUAAUCGAGCCUCAGAUCCGCCGGCCCCGUAGCCUCAGUUCGCCAACAGUAACUUUAUCUGCCCCGCUGGAGGGUGCCAAGGACUCCCCUGUCCGUCGGGCUGUGAAAGACACCCUUUCCAAUCCACAGUCCCCACAGCCAUCACCCUACAACUCCCCCAAACCACAACACAAAGUCACACAGAGCUUCUUGCCACCCGGCUGGGAAAUGAGGAUAGCUCCAAACGGCCGGCCCUUCUUCAUUGACCAUAACACAAAGACUACAACCUGGGAAGAUCCACGGCUGAAAUUUCCAGUGCAUAUGCGGUCAAAGGCAUCUUUAAACCCCAAUGACCUUGGCCCUCUUCCUCCUGGUUGGGAAGAAAGAAUUCACUUGGAUGGCCGAACGUUUUAUAUUGAUCACAGCAGCCAGGUGUUAUGUGGAGAGGAUGAUACCAGAGAAUCAGUGCCCUCAGACGAUAGCAAAAUUACUCAAUGGGAAGACCCAAGGCUGCAGAACCCAGCUAUUACUGGUCCGGCUGUUCCUUACUCCAGAGAAUUUAAGCAGAAAUAUGACUACUUUAGGAAGAAAUUAAAGAAACCCGCUGAUAUCCCAAAUAGGUUUGAAAUGAAACUUCACAGAAAUAACAUAUUUGAAGAGUCCUAUCGGAGAAUCAUGUCUGUGAAAAGACCAGAUGUCCUGAAAGCUAGACUGUGGAUUGAAUUCGAAUCAGAGAAGGGUCUUGACUAUGGGGGCGUGGCCAGAGAAUGGUUCUUCUUACUGUCCAAAGAGAUGUUCAAUCCCUACUAUGGCCUCUUUGAGUACUCUGCGACGGACAACUAUACGCUUCAGAUCAAUCCCAACUCAGGCCUCUGUAAUGAAGAUCAUUUGUCCUAUUUCACUUUUAUUGGAAGAGUUGCUGGUCUGGCAGUAUUUCAUGGGAAACUCUUAGAUGGUUUCUUCAUUCGACCAUUUUACAAAAUGAUGUUGGGCAAGCAGAUAACCCUGAAUGACAUGGAGUCUGUGGAUAGUGAAUAUUACAACUCUUUGAAAUGGAUCUUAGAAAAUGACCCCACUGAACUGGACCUCAUGUUCUGUAUAGACGAAGAGAACUUCGGACAGACAUAUCAAGUGGAUUUGAAGCCCAAUGGGUCAGAAAUAAUGGUAACAAAUGAAAACAAAAGGGAAUAUAUUGACUUGGUCAUCCAGUGGAGAUUUGUCAACAGGGUCCAGAAGCAAAUGAACGCCUUCCUGGAGGGAUUCACAGAACUGCUUCCUAUUGAUUUGAUUAAAAUUUUUGAUGAAAAUGAGUUGGAGUUGCUGAUGUGCGGCCUCGGUGAUGUUGACGUGAACGACUGGAGACAGCAUUCUAUUUACAAGAAUGGCUACUGCCCGAAUCACCCUGUCAUUCAGUGGUUCUGGAAGGCUGUACUGCUGAUGGAUGCCGAAAAGCGUAUCCGGUUACUGCAGUUUGUGACAGGGACAUCCCGCGUACCUAUGAAUGGAUUUGCCGAACUUUAUGGUUCCAACGGUCCUCAGCUGUUUACAAUAGAGCAAUGGGGCAGUCCUGAAAAACUGCCCAGAGCUCACACAUGCUUUAAUCGCCUCGACUUACCUCCAUACGAAACCUUUGAAGACUUACGAGAGAAACUUCUCAUGGCUGUGGAAAAUGCCCAAGGAUUUGAAGGGGUGGAUUAGGUAUCCCCGCCUCAGGGGUGGUGGUUCGUCCAGCAAGUUCUGCUUGCACUUUUGCAUUUGCCUCACAGACUUGUGCAGAGACUGUGGCCGAGGAGCAGCCGCGUGGCCAGGCUCCUGGAGCCGAGCCUUUGCCCUUGCCCAAGUUCAGACGUGGGAACCAAUUCCAGCUCAAGUUCCUGCAUUUUCUACCACACAUUAUCAACUGGUUGAUGUGUACACUAAUUACAUUUCAGGAGGACUUAUUCUAUUUAUGUUGUGCCUCUGCAGGCAAAGCCCUUAAUAAAUAUUUUACAUACUUUCUAAUGACAAUGAAUGGAAUUAAUCACUCUACAGGUAUAGUAUUACAACUCAUGUUUACUUUUUUAAAUGAUUUAGACCGAUUUUAUUUCAUUAUGAUUAAAGAUGUCUCAUGUACUUGGAAAA